AUGGAUGACUAUUAUGUUGAAGUAAAUCUUCAGGACGCCGAAUCUGAAGAGCAGUUCAAAAUUAAACUGUCUCAGAAUGAUGCUCCUAGAGCACAAACUGAAGCACCUCAGCAUGUACCCUCAUUUUCCACCUGCUCCUCAAAUAAUACUUUAGUGAAAGAAACAUUUGAUACUGAAAUGGACAUUUCUCGAGAAAAAAAUGGAGAGGAGGAAUCAUCGGUGGAUGGUUUCAGAUGGCCUCAUGCAGCUAUAAUGCUCUUGUUAGAAGAAUAUAGACAGCGGGAGGAAAACAUGUCUUCUGGAAAAAUUACCCAUAAAAAGGCAUGGGAUCAAAUUGCUGAAGUGAUGAAUGCUAAUGGGUAUUUUGUGACAAGCAAGCAAUGCACCACUAGAAUUAAUACCAUGAAACAAACAUACAAAGCCGUCAAAGAUCACAACGGAAAGUCCGGUAACAAUAAGCGGACAUGGCAAUAUUUUGAAGUUAUGGAACGCUUUCUCGGCGAAAAGCCAUACAUGGCGCCAUUAUCAACUGUUUCAUCUACUGGUGCUGCAACAUCAAGAGGCAGGUCCGCAAGCAUUAGCUCCGUUUCAAGCUCCUCCAGUGUGAACAGCUGUGCUAUUUCUGAUAUAGUUUUAGAUGAUAAUGAUCAUGUUCCUCAUGUGGAAAGUUUUAGUCCAGAUUUGCGUGAAUGGGCUCUACGUAAUAACAUCUCACAUAAAGCAAUAAAUGAACUAUUACAUUUGCUUUUAAAAUAUAUUCCAAAUUGUUUCUUACCCAAAGAUGCCAGAACUUUGUUACAUACACCUCGUACAACAAACUGUGUAAAUAUUGCAGGUGGAGAAUAUUUACAUUUUGGAUUAUUAAAUGUGCUGAAUUUAUUAAUGGAAAAAUAUAUUGAUGCUAAACUUGCUGUUGACAGCAUAACUCUUUCUAUGAAUGUCGAUGGUUUACCAAUUUCAAGGUCUUCAUCUUAUUGUCUUUGGUUAAUUUUAAUAUCUGAUGAAAUUUUUAAAUCCGUCCAUAUGAUAGGAGCAUAUUAUGGAUCAGGUAAACCAACAUCGGCAAACGAUUUCCUUGAACAAUUUAUUUAUGAACUGAAGAUACUUAUAAAAGACGGAUUUAUGUAUAGCACACGUCGUAUAAGUGUAACUCUUUCCACAAUUAUUUGUGAUACUCCUGCAAAAUCAUUUGUUUUGUAUACAAAAAGUCAUACUGGAUUUUCGAGUUGUUCUAAAUGCACUAUUAUAGAAAAAAGUAUAAACAAUACUACAUGCUUCCCUUACACUAAUAAGACUUAUCUCAGAACUGAUGAAGACUUUUUACAACAGACUGAUGAAAAAUACCAUCAAGGAAAGACAUUGUUACUGCAAAUACCGAAUAUUGGCCUGGUGUCAGCAGUUGCACUAGAUUAUAUGCAUCUAGUUUGUUUAGGUGUUACAAAGAAGUUAUUAUUGUUAUGGAUGAAAGGACCAUUGACAAUAAGAAUUGUAAUUGCACUGAAAAAUUCGAUACCAAAAGAGAUUUCGAGGAAACCCAGAAGUCUGUCAGAAAUUAAAUAUUGGAAGGCCACUGAAUUCCGAAAAUUUCUGUUGUAUACAGGGCCCAUUGUUUUGAAAUCAAUUUUAAAGCAGAAAAUAUAUGAACAUUUUCUAACGCUACAUGUUGCCAUCUCCAUACUAAUAUCUCCAACAUUAAUUACAAACAAUGAAAAUAUAAAGUACGCUGAAGAAUUGCUGGUUAACUUCGUGAAAGGUUUUCAAGUUCUGUACAGCAAACAAUUUGUCUCGCACAACGUGCACAAUUUAAUUCAUUUAAGUAAUGAAGUAAGAAGAAAUGGAAUAUUGGAUAACUUUAGUGCCUUUCCAUUCGAAAAUUUUUUGGAAAAUCUGAAGAAACUAAUUAGAAAACCUGAAAAACCUUUGCAACAAUUGGCACGAAGAUACGAUGAACAGCAGUCUGUAAUGUUUCAAGAGCAAUAA